UAAUUAUUAUUAUUUUCCCCCCCUAAAGAAUCAAUCAUAUCUAAUCCACCCGAUGCUAAGAUGUGGAAAGGUAAAAUGAGUGUUGUGCAGUUGUUUUUAUGUUUGUUUGGAUUUUACUUGUUGACUGGUAAUGCCCAUAUGGAUUGGUACUUAAGGGUUUUAACAUAUGCAGAAAGCAAUCCCCAUAAUGGUAAUUUGCUUUGCUGGGGUAGGCCUUGUAGAGCUUUUUGGGAGUAGGAAGAACCCCAUGCUCUUCUCUUCCAUUCUCUCUGGCCUGUUUAUUUGCUGCAUUGGGCGUGUGUACUACACAAACUUCAUUCAAAUGAGUUCUUUACUUAUGGAUCUGUGUUUCUCUGGUUAGUCCUCAAAUGGGUAUGUGAGCUUCCUCCAUUUUUGUGGUUCCGAGUCUUGCAGUCUUUUGUUUUUUUUUUUUGCUCACUUGAGGUUUAUGAGUGGUGGGUGUGGUUUUUUUGGUUGUAGCUGAAAUGGGUUUGUGAGUUUUUUUCCAUUUUGGGAUCUGGGUUUUGGAGAUUGCUUGCUCAUUUUGGGGUUUCUGAGUGGUGGUUGUGGUUUUUGUAUCAUGUAUGUGGUUUGAACUGACAUGGGUUUGUGAGUUUUUUUAUUUUGGGAUCUGGGUUUUGUGCAUUUCUUCCUCACUUUGAGGUUCUUGAAUUCUGGUUCUUGGACAGUAGACUCUGUGCUGCGUGGUUAGUGUUUAAACUCGGUCCAAUUUAGAAGGCAGAAAUGGCUCCAAGCAUAGAUUUCUCUAGGUUAUGGGGAAAGGAUUCUUCAAGGAAGGGAACUCCAGUGGUGGUGACCAUGGAGAACCCCAAUUACUCUGUACUAGAAAUAGAUGGUCCUGAUGCUGCAUUCAGGCCAGUGGACAAGGACAGAGGGAAGAAUGCCAAGCAAUUUACAUGGGUUUUGCUUCUCAAGGCCCACCGAGCUGUCGGUUGCCUCUCCUGGCUUGGCAAUGCCCUUUGGAUACUGCUUGGUGCCAUUAAGAAAAGGUUGAUAUUUGGGCAAGGAGUGACCAUGGAGAAUGAGAAAUCUGGCAGGGGAAGGUUGUUGUUUAGGACCAUUCUAGCAUUCCUGUUAAUGUCUUUAGCAUUUCUGGCUUUUGAAGUGUUUGCCCACUUCAAUGGUUGGCACUAUUUCCACAACCAUGGCCUGCACAUCCCUCAAACUUUGGAGAUUAAAGGAUGGCUUCAUGCCAUUUACGUUGCCUGGUUGGAGUUCCGCGCUGACUAUAUUGCACCUUUAAUCCAAGUUCUCUCUAGCUUCUGUGUUGCUCUGUUCCUAAUUCAGUCUGCAGACCGGAUGUUGCUUUGUUUAGGUUGCUUCUGGAUCAAGUACAAGAAGAUCAAGCCUCGAAUUGAGGGUGAUCCAUUCAAGUCUGAUGAUUUGGAGGGUUUGGGAUAUGAUUAUCCAAUGGUUCUUGUUCAGAUUCCAAUGUGCAAUGAGAGAGAGGUUUAUGAACAAUCGAUAUCAGCAGUGUGCCAACUUGAUUGGCCAAAAGACCGACUAUUGAUCCAAGUUCUUGAUGACUCUGACGAUGAGAGCAUACAGUGGUUGAUUAAGGGAGAGGUGUCUAAAUGGAGUCAAAAGGGCGUCAACAUAAUUUAUCGGCAUCGACUGGUUAGAACCGGUUAUAAAGCUGGUAAUCUCAAGUCUGCUAUGAAUUGUGAUUAUGUGAAGGCGUAUGAAUUUGUUGCAAUCUUUGAUGCUGACUUCCAGCCAAACCCAGAUUUCCUUAUGCAAACAGUUCCACAUUUUAAGGAUAAUCCUGAGCUGGGAUUGGUUCAGGCUAGGUGGGCUUUUGUGAACAAGGAUGAAAAUUUGUUGACUCGCCUCCAAAACAUCAAUUUGUGCUUUCAUUUUGAGGUGGAACAGCAGGUCAAUGGAGUCUUCAUAAAUUUCUUUGGCUUCAAUGGGACUGCUGGUGUUUGGAGAAUCAAAACACUUGAGGACUCUGGUGGCUGGCUUGAGAGGACAACCGUAGAGGAUAUGGAUAUAGCAGUCCGAGCCCAUCUCAAUGGAUGGAAGUUCAUCUUCCUUAAUGAUGUGAAGGUCCUCUGUGAAGUUCCCGAGUCUUAUGAAGCUUACAGGAAGCAGCAACACCGAUGGCAUUCCGGUCCAAUGCAUCUUUUCCGUCUGUGCCUUCCAGCCAUCAUAACUUCUAAGAUAGCAGUCUGGAAGAAAGCGAACCUAAUACUACUAUUCUUUCUUCUGAGGAAGCUUAUCCUCCCAUUCUAUUCUUUCACAUUGUUUUGCAUAAUUCUUCCUUUAACCAUGUUUGUCCCCGAAGCUGAGUUACCUGUCUGGGUUAUCUGUUAUGUCCCUGUAUUCAUGUCAUUCCUAAACAUUCUUCCAGCCCCGAGAUCAUUCCCCUUCAUUGUUCCAUACCUCCUAUUUGAAAACACAAUGUCUGUGACCAAAUUCAAUGCUAUGGUAUCUGGGUUGUUCCAAUUGGGAAGCUCAUAUGAAUGGGUUGUCACCAAAAAGGCAGGGCGAGCAUCAGAGCCUGACCUAUUGGCUGCUGCAGAGAGGGAAACAAAAGCCAUGAAUCAUCCACAGCUUUAUAGAGGAUCUUCUGAUAGUGAGCUCUCUGAGCUGAACAAACUGAAAGAACAUCAAGAAACAGCUCCCAAGCCAAAGAAAACCAACAAGUUAUAUAGGAAAGAGCUUGCACUGGCUUUCUUGCUACUAACUGCCGCUGUCAGAAGCCUGCUAUCAGCCCAAGGAGUGCACUUCUACUUCUUGCUGUUUCAAGGUGUGUCGUUCCUCCUUGUGGGUCUAGAUCUAAUUGGUGAACAGAUGAGCUAAGGAGUAGGCCAAAGAUGUCAAAUAAGAAUAAAGCAGAGGAAAGAAAAUUGCAUCUGCACCAGAAACCCUCGUGUUGGUAGUUUCUAUCAAAGGCUUUGGGUGGCUCAGGUAAAAGCCACCCACCUCAUUUCAAAUAAGUUCAUUCUCCUUGAAAAUGCCCAGCUAGAUUUUUUGUGUUCCUUUGUCCAUCGAUAGCUCUAUAUUGCAAUCAUUUUUUUUUUUUUUCGGGUUAUUUGUGACAUAGGCCAAUCCUCAAAAUCACAUCAUCCUCUUCCCCCCAGCCCCCUCCUCCUGAUGUCAAUGUUGUGCCUCAUUUAUAUGUAAGAAAAGCCGAUCCUCUUCAUUUUUUACCAUGUAUUCUUGCUUGGGUGUGGUUUAUUUCAUCUUGUAUUCAACUACCCAACAUAUCUACACAUUGUGUAGUCCUGGAAACUACAUUACCUGUAUAACUAUUUGUAAAUUUGCAUUAGUUCAGUUUAUGUUACAAUAACAA